UAUGAAUUAAUUCUUCCCUCUUCCGGGAAGCUAAAGAUGAAUAUAGUUUAGGCAAGUUUUUUUGUUGUGAAUGUCAAUGUCUCGAGGUAAGAUUGUUGGUGCAACCGCCGUUGGUCUCGCUGCCGCCGCUGUGAUACACUUCCGUCGCCGUCGGUCCACACUCUCCAAACAUGAUUUCAACCACCUUGCUCCGCUCCUGCAACAGACGGAAUCCGGCCGGCUUGGAAAAAUCGAGAAAUUUUCCCAUUAUCUUGCAAGGCAGAUUGGAUUUGAAGAUGAAACAGAGUGCCCACAGCUCAUAAAAUUAGCAUAUGAAUACCUCAAGAGAUCCAAAGGAGUUGAUGAUAAAAUAUAUGAAUAUUUCGCCAAACACCCAAAUGCAGAGGAUUUGUAUGUUAAUUUGGUUGAAGAACUUGAAAGAUGCAUUCUUGGAUACUUAGCUUUUCACUGGACUCAUGCCUCUCUCUUGAUUACCCAGAUACUGAGCGUUGAUUCUGAACAGAAAAGGCUGAAGGAGUUUGUAAUGGCAGCUACAAGGAAGCUAAGGUUUGAUAAGACGAUAAAGGACCUGAAGGUGACGAGAGUAUUCUCGACACUAGUGGAGGAAUUGAAAGCAAUCGGAGCUGAACCUUCGGACGUCAUGGCUCCGGUGGCUCUCAGCCAACGGAGCCCCGUCCUCCUCCUUAUGGGCGGCGGCAUGGGCGCUGGCAAGAGCACUGUCCUUAAGGACAUCAUGAAAGAAUCAUUCUGGUCGGGAGCAGCAGCAAAUGCGGUGGUCGUGGAGGCCGAUGCUUUCAAGGAGACAGACGUCAUCUACCGUGCCUUGAGCUUAAGAGGCCAUCAUCAAGACAUGCUUCAGACAGCUGAACUCGUGCACCAAUCUUCCACGGAUGCUGCAUCGUCUCUCCUAGUGACCGCCCUCAACGAAGGGCGGGACGUCAUCAUGGAUGGCACCCUUUCAUGGGAGCCCUUCGUAGAACAGACUAUUGCAAUGGCCAGAAACGUCCACAGACGCCGCUACAGGAUGGGAGUAGGCUACAAGGUCGAAGAGGAUGGCUCCAUCACAGAGAACUAUUGGGCUCCAGUCGAGGAGGACGAGGAGACCAUCAAGGACAGGAAGCCUUAUAGGAUUGAGUUGGUUGGAGUUGUGUGUGAUCCCUAUCUUGCUGUUGUUAGAGGAAUAAGGAGAGCAAUACAAAUAGGGAGAGCAGUGAGGGUGCAAUCACAGCUGAAAUCACACAAGAGAUUUGCUAAUGCAUUUCAAAAAUACACUGAGCUCGUUGAUAAUGCUAGACUAUAUUGCACCAACGUGCCGGGAGGCCCUCCUAGGUUGAUAGCAUGGAAAGAUGGAGGAAGCAAACUGUUGGUGGAUAGAGAUGAUAUAAAGAGUUUGACAACAGUGAAAGAGUUGAAUGAGGAAGCAGAGUCGAUAUACGAGCUGUACAAGCAUCCAAGCACAAUGUACGAAGCUGGGUCAGUUUGGAAUGAUAUAGUGCUGCAGCCAACUAGGUCUGCGCUUCAAUUGGAGCUUAAAACUGCCAUCAACACCAUUGAAACUCAUGUUUCUUCAUGAGAUUCUGACUCUGUUUUUGUUGGUUGUAUUGUUUCAUGAUCUAAUUAACUGUAUGAAAAUACUUCCAUGCAUUUUACCCUUUCUUGUAUUAACUUCACAGUACAAGGAAAUUUUAAUCGUGAA